AUGGACUUUUUUAAGAAUAAGACCAUUUUUGUUAUCGGUGCCAAAGGAUUUCUUGGAAAGAUUAUGGUGGAGAAAAUAUUGAGAGCUCAUCCCAACGUGAAGAAACUUUAUCUACUUUUACGAAAUGUGGAUCAAAUCACGGCUUCAAAACGUUUUUAUGAUGAGGUUGUAGAGAAAGAAUUGUUUAGAGUGUUGAAGGAAAAAUGGGGUGGAGAUCUAAAACCCCUCGUCUCAGAGAAGAUUUAUUUGGUACCUGGAGAUAUUUCAUCCCCAAAUAUGGGAUUAAAAGACUCCAAUUUAUUGGAAGAGAUGAAGAAUCAAGUAGAAAUAAUUGUUAAUUUUGCUGCAACAACCAAUUUUGAUGAAAGAUAUGAUAUAGCGUUUAGCACCAAUACAUUGGGAGCUAGACAUGUUUUAAACUUUGCCGAGCAAUGUUCUAGUUUGAAAAUUCUUGUCCAUGUAUCCACUGCUUACGUUUCAAAUCAAAGGGAAGGAGUCAUCUUGGAAACUCCAUGCAAAUUGGUCGAGUCCGUUGAUGGCACUUCAAAAUUAGACAUUGAAACCGAACGAAAAAUAAUUGAAGAUAGUUUAAGAGAAUUGAGAAAUAAUAGAGAUAUAGAUGAAAUUACGAGGAGCUUGACCAUGAAAGACUUGGGCACAAAAAGGGCAAAAAUGUAUGGAUAUCCAAACACAUACGUAUUUACAAAAGCAAUGGGCGAGAUGUUGAUUAGCGACAAAAGUGACAAUCUUCGUUUGAUCAUCGUGCGGCCAACCAUAGUUACUAGCACUUAUAAAGAACCUUUUCCGGGUUGGAUCGAAGGUUUGAGGACCAUUGAUGGCUUAAUUGAUGGGUAUGGCAAAGGAAAACUUGCGUUCUUUCCAUCUAACGCUAGCUCAAUUCUAGACGUGAUUCCAGCUGAUAUGGUAGUAAAUGGUAUCAUCAUGGCAAUAGUGGCACAUAAACUCCAACCAUUUGGACAUACAUUAAUAUAUCACAUCGGUUCUUCAAUGAGAAAUGCUAUGAGCAACAUUGAUUUGCACAGUUAUAUUUUUCAAUACUUUACGGAAAAACCAUGGAUCGAUAAAGAUGGAAAGGCCCUCAAGGUUAAAAAUGUCACCUUAUUCAACGACAUGGCUAGCUUUCAUCGACACAUGACCAUUCACUACUUGAUUUUUCUUAAGGGUUUUGAGUUUGUGAACAAAGCAUUUUGUUACGCUUUCCAAGACAAGUACAAUGAUCUUCGGAGAAAGUUCAACUGGGUGAUGCGACAAGUUGAGCUUUAUGACUCGUUUCUAUUCUUCAAAGCCAAAUUUGACGACACCAACUUAGAAAGACUUAGAAUUACUGCACGAGACAACAAUAUAAAUCCAAAUACAUUGCUUUUGGAUCCUAAGGAUAUAAGUUGGGAGGAUUACUUCCUGAACAUCCACAUUCCGGGACUUAUUAAACAUGUAAUGAAAUGAUUAUAAUUUGAACCAAUCUUGUUUUUUCUCCUUGUAUGUCGACUUGUUUAUCUGUAGCUACUUGAAAGUAGCCCAGACUUUCGAGGGCAGAUCCGGGUUGAUUGGUCCGGAAAGUCAUGGGAGAACGAACAAUUGCAACUUCAAGAAUUUCUAUCCUAGCUGCAUAUCAGCUCAAUUGCUAAUUCUCUUUGCUGUCUUUCUCUUGG